AUGAAGACACUCUUUCUCAUCGGGCUUGUAGCCCUUUCAGCUGUCAGCGUCUUCUGCGAAGAAGAAGCUCAAGAAGCCCCAAAGAAGGUUUGCUAAUUGAAAAAUGUGUUCUAGUUGAAAUUAAAAAAAUUGCCUUUAAUUAGAAAAUAACAACCUUUUCCUAAGACUUUUUUUCAUCGAAAUUUUUUUCAAGGAAACCAAGUAUGGAACUAUUAUUGGUAUUGAUCUUGGAACCACCUACUCUUGCGUCGGAGUUUACAAGAAUGGCCGUGUCGAAAUCAUUGCUAACGACCAAGGUAUCAGUUUCCCUUCAUUUCUUCCAACUUAAUGUUCAUUUCCCAGGUAACCGUAUCACGCCAUCGUACGUUGCUUUCACCGGAGAGCAGGGCGAGCGUCUGAUCGGAGACGCUGCUAAGAACCAGCUGACCAUCAACCCCGAAAACACCAUUUUCGAUGCCAAGCGUCUUGUCGGACGUGACUUCAACGACAAGAAUGUGCAAGGAGACAUCAAGCACUGGCCAUUCAAGGUAAUAAUAAAGUUCCAGUUGAUCUCAGAAAAUUGAGCUUUUCAGGUCCUCGACAAGUCGAACAAGCCGCACGUCCAGGUCAAGGUCGGAUCGGAAGACAAGCAGUUCUCGCCUGAAGAAGUCUCUGCCAUGGUCCUCAGCAAGAUGAAGGAGAUCGCCGAGUCCUACCUCGGAAAGGAAGUGAAACACGCCGUCGUCACCGUCCCAGCCUACUUCAAUGACGCCCAGCGUCAGGCUACCAAGGACGCCGGAACCAUCGCUGGCCUCAACGUCGUCCGAAUCAUCAACGAGCCUACCGCUGCUGCCAUCGCCUACGGUCUUGACAAGAAGGAAGGUUGGUAGAUUUUGAAUUUUUUCUCUCUGUAAAUGGGACUGUUUGUUCACUUCCUCAUUUGCGGAAGGGACCACCGCUCUGGGCAAACAAAGUGCGGGUCAGCGACAGGCACUUGCUAGACCGACUGUCAACUCUCAGCAGUUCAUUUUUGUAAAUAGAGAAGGACAGAUUCAAAGGAAAUCUGGUUUUAUGAGUCAAAAAAAAAAUUGAAUGUGUCAAAUUAUCAUAGUUUUUUUUACAGGAGAGCGCAACAUUCUUGUCUUCGAUCUUGGAGGCGGUACUUUCGAUGUGUCUAUGCUCACCAUUGACAACGGAGUCUUCGAAGUUUUGGCCACCAAUGGAGAUACCCACUUGGGAGGAGAAGACUUCGAUCAGCGCGUUAUGGAAUACUUCAUCAAGCUUUACAAGAAGAAGACUGGUAAGGACAUGCGCAAAGAUAACCGUGCUGUCCAGAAACUCCGUCGUGAGGUCGAAAAGGCCAAGCGUGCUCUGUCCACCCAGCACCAGACCAAGGUCGAAGUUGAGUCUUUGUUCGAUGGAGAAGACUUUUCUGAAACUCUUACUCGUGCCAAGUUCGAAGAGCUUAACAUGGACCUUUUCCGCGCCACUCUCAAGCCUGUCCAGAAGGUUUUGGAAGACUCCGACCUCAAGAAGGAGGACGUUCACGAGAUCGUGCUUGUCGGAGGAUCUACUCGUAUUCCCAAGAUCCAACAGCUCAUCAAGGACUUCUUCAACGGCAAGGAGCCAUCCCGCGGUAUCAAUCCUGAUGAGGCCGUCGCCUACGGAGCCGCCGUUCAAGCCGGAGUCAUCAGCGGAGAAGAAGACACCGGCGAGAUCGUUCUUCUCGACGUCAACCCCCUCACCAUGGGUAUCGAGACUGUCGGAGGAGUCAUGACCAAGCUCAUCACCCGUAACACCGUCAUCCCUACCAAGAAGUCGCAGGUGUUCUCCACCGCCGCUGACAACCAGGCUACCGUCACCAUUCAGGUUAGUCGGAUAUACAUACGGAAAAUGAAUUUCCCAUGGAAUGGUUGACCUCAUUUUGAAAUGAAAAACUUAUCUGAGAGGAGACAGCUCUUAUCUGAGAGACGACCCAAAAUCAAUCAACCUUGACCUCAAUAGAUUGACAUUUUCUCAUAAAAAGUAGGACGCAUUGAACUUUCAAAGAAAACGGUGAUACUGCCGUAAUGAACAAAAGUUUUUUUUACAGGUGUUUGAAGGAGAGCGACCGAUGACCAAGGACAAUCACCAGCUCGGAAAGUUUGAUCUUACUGGCAUUCCUCCAGCUCCCAGAGGCGUUCCUCAAAUCGAGGUGAACACGAAAAUAGUAAUUUUAAAUUCUAUCGAUUUUGGUUCAGGUCACCUUCGAAAUCGACGUCAACGGUAUUCUUCACGUUACCGCUGAAGACAAGGGAACCGGAAACAAGAACAAGAUCACCAUCACCAACGAUCAGAACCGUUUGAGCCCUGAAGAUAUUGAACGUAUGAUCAAUGAUGCCGAGAAAUUCGCCGAAGACGACAAGAAGGUCAAAGAAAAGGUGAGAGAAAAAAAAAUCGAAUGACAAAAAGAACUGUUCGAUUACAGGCUGAAGCUCGCAACGAACUUGAGUCUUACGCCUACAGCUUGAAGAACCAGGUCGAAGACAAGGAAAAGCUCGGUGGAAAGCUCGACGAUGAUGACAAGAAGACCAUCGAGGAGGCUGUUGAAGAAGCUAUUUCUUGGCUCGGAAGCAACUCUGAAGCUUCGGCUGAAGAGCUCAAAGAGCAGAAAAAGGUAAAUUUUUCAUCGAUUUUUAUUUUUUUAACAUUAUUUUUUUUCAGGAGCUUGAAGGCAAAGUUCAGCCAAUCAUCAGCAAGCUUUACAAGGAUGGAGGUGCUCCCCCAUCGGAAGAGGAAGGAGCUGGAGACGAGAAGGACGAGCUUUAA